GAUAACUUGCGAGAGUCAGAGAAGUUAGCCCCAUGACGUCAAGGGAUUUUCCCGACGAAAUCAUCGAUGAGUCAUCAAAAAGAAAUGAACUUAGACGACCAAACACACUAUCCGAUGGCUUAAGAGGACUGUCAUCUACUCGACAAGAGGCUACCCCUAGGUCCUGGCCAUCGAGCGACUCUGUUUAUGGGCAGGACACUGUCCAGCAGGACUUUAGAAAGCUGGCAAAUUUCAGCCGAAACUCCAAGAUGGCGGCACAAGAUUCCGGUGAUCAGGGUAACGAGAUUCGGCAAACCCUACGUUUGGACUUUGCCUCAGCAUCUUCUAGCCCCGGUGUUACUCCUAGCAGCAUAAGACAGCCAUCACCAUCUAAUUCCAUCUUGGCAGAUCUCGGUCACACAGCUCAAAUAGAAAGGCUUCGUUCAAGGGGAUUGGAGAGAAGUGCUGGCAAACUUCAGAUUUCUCCAGAAGAGUCUUUUGAAUUCACAUCUGAAGAUUUAAAAGAUCUAGGGGAAAUGGGUCGAGGCAAUUAUGGAUUUGUUAAUAAGAUGAUUCAUGAGAAGAGUGGCACCAUAAUGGCUGUUAAGAGAAUUAGGUCAACUGUAGAGGAAAGAGACCAAAAGCAACUGCUGAUGGAUUUGGAUGUAGUGAUGAGGAGCAAUGAUUGUCCUUAUAUUGUACAGUUUUAUGGAGCACUGUUUAAAGAGGGAGACUGCUGGAUAUGCAUGGAGUUAAUGGACAUUUCGCUUGAUAAGUUCUACAAAUUUGUGUAUGGUGACUUACAUUCAUCCAUUCCUGAGGACAUUUUAGGCAAGAUCACAGUUGCUACAGUCAAGGCGUUGAAUUAUUUAAAAGAGAAAUUAAAAAUAAUACACAGAGAUGUGAAGCCAUCCAAUAUUCUGCUGGACAGAAAGGGCAAUAUCAAAUUAUGUGAUUUUGGUAUUAGUGGACACCUUGUAGAUUCCAUUGCUAAAAGUAGAGAUGCUGGUUGUAGGCCAUAUAUGGCACCCGAAAGAAUAGAUCCAAAAGCAUCUAGUAGAGGUUAUGAUGUUAGAUCAGAUGUAUGGAGUCUUGGUAUAACAUUGAUGGAAUUGGCUACUGGAAAAUUUCCAUAUCCUAAAUGGCAGAGUGUUUUUGACCAACUCCAGCAAGUUGUACAAGGACUAGCACCAAGGCUACCAAGUGAUUCCACCUUCUCAGUUGAAUGUAUCAAUUUUAUAAACACAUGUUUGACAAAGGAAGAUAAACAACGACCAAAAUAUAAUAAGUUAUUGCAGGAAGAUCCAUUUAUCAAAAGAUAUGAAGAAAUAGAAGUAGAUGUUGCUACAUAUGUCUGUCACAUACAUGAUAUGAUCUUACAGUCUUCUCCAAGCCCUUCAUUGUGUGAGCAGCCAUUAUCAUAACAACUCUAUUGUUUAGAUAAUCAUCCUAUUAAGACAAGAGACCUCUGCUACAUUAAUCAUCUUGUCAGUCUUAGAAAAUGUCAAGAUGUUAAUCUGAUGGUAAAAAUUACCAAUGCAAAUUUCUGGUGCAGGAAGAUGAAUGCAGUACACAGUAACUAAUUUUCUGUGUACCAAUAUCAUUAUGGUUAACUUUUUUACUGCUAAAAAGUUACCAUUUUUUCCUCAUUACUACAUUAAAACAGCAGCAUUUUCUUUGACCUUUAUGUUUUAGAGGGAUUUGUUCAUUUCUUUUUCAAAGGGGAAAGUAAAUUUACAUGCAUACAAAAUUAAACAGUUUUCUAUUUCAUCAAAACUAUUUCCUAGUUGCGAGUAUACUAUUGUAUUUAUAAUAAUUUAAUUCUUCCUAAUUUGUGCUGUUUAACUUAUUUUUAGUUUAUGUUUGUAGAAAUGAAAAUUUUAUUAUUGGGAAAUGUCAACAUUUAGUUUCCAAAUGAGAACAUAUAUUUUCUUAAGAUUUUUAUCCAUUGUUCUCAUUUUUUUAAUCUUAUAGUUUUUAAGCCCUGGGGUUUAUUCAGCAGGUGCCUUUAAAAGGGCUAUGUCUGUACAAUUUAUCACUGUAGUGGGUUUUGUACCCAUGACCAGCAAGCAAUCUUUGAUUUAAUCACAAUUAUUAUGCAAUGUAAAUUCAGUUGUUAAUGCUUAGAAAAAAAUGUUGAAAAGCUUAUUACAUUUUUUGUCAUUGAAACUGAUACCUGUGUAUUUUUAAAAUCUUUUUAUUUAGGAAACUCAUUAACAUCAAAUUUAUUUACAAUUACAAGAUAGUAUGUUGAAUCCUAAGAACAUUAAAUAUUUUGACCUUUCUGGUUAAGGAAGUAUUGUUUUUAACUUGUAGUAAUUACUGUUCUUUGUAAGUUGAUCAUUCAUUGCUGGUAUGAAAUCAACUUAUAAUUAAAUAGUUAAAAACAUCAUAAAAACUGAAUAUAUUUUUUUAAUCUCCAACUUCAUGGUUUAUUUAUUUUUUAAAAAGUCUUAAAAUAAAAAAUAUUGACUGGAGCAAGAUGUAAACAAAAUGCUCUUUUUAACUUGAAAUGUACUCAACUUCUCUAGUACGUAAAUUAGAUCUUAAAAGGUUUAUAUGUUGAUCAAAUUUAAUCUCUCGGCAUAUAUUUCCAAAUUAAGAAAUGCUUUCUAUUUCAUAAAGUUAUCUGAAAAAGUCAACAUGUCGAUUCACUGCAGAAAUAAAUAAGUUACUCCAUUUAAAUGAUGUUUAGUAGUAUUUACCAUACAAACUAUAGUCAUUUAGGUAAUGAAAUUAGGACCUGUUCUGUAUUUUAUAAUUUAGAACAUUUCAUUGGUUUCUCACGAUCUUAUUUAUGCACAUUUAUUCCACCACUGAAGUUUACUUGAUGGCUGUAGGUUGUGUGCUAGAAAAAAAAUUAACCGGUUGUGUUCAUGCUUUUAGUUCAAUGGAAAGUUAAAUCAUAAAAAUGUUAAGGGGGUGGAUAGAUCAAUUAUAUUUUGUAUAUCAGCAAAACCACGUAUUGGGCAAUCCUAAGUUAGUGUCAGUCUGUUGCUCACUGCAUUGUUCUGACAAAAAAAGCAAUAAUUUUUUUUCUCAGUGUGAUACAUUGGGGUGUACAGUUGUAGCCAAUAACUUAAUUAGGUGGAAUUUAUGCAAAUGCUCAUAUACAAGUGUAGUUAUUGAUUUGUUUGUACUCAUCAUUCCAUCAUGUACAUUGCUUUCACUCAAGUUUCUGCUUUUUAUGUCAAUGUUUUGAAUCAAGAUUCACAUUAUGAAACUUAAAAAAAAAAUUUUUUGUUUACUUUGUAUUAUAUAGCUUAUUAUGUAUAAACAAUUUAAAUAAAACAAAAGA